CGACGUUGGUAGCUGCAUGGGUUGUGGCGCGUCGGCUCCCGCCAAGCCGUUGGUCGAAGCCCCGCGGCCGGUCACUAGUGACGCCGCGCCGCCACCAUCAUCGUCAGUUGAGCAGCAUGCUGCGAUCACCGCACGGAUCAUGAACAACGAUUCCGUCGUACCAAUGUCCGCGGCGCUCACUCGCAAAAUAUUGAAGGCUUACGCCCUGAGCACGGAGGCCGCCGCCGCUGCCGAGGCGCACUGCACGCAGGUCGUCGAGGCGCAGAUCCGUGGCUGGCAAAGCUUCUUCGUGCAUGCGGUCGGCAAAGGAGGACCGGACGACGCAGCGUCGCCGCAGGAGUUUGAUGGCCCCACGCAGCAGGCGUUUCGCACCGCCGGUGUCGAUCUCGAUCGUCUCAAGGGCAACGGGCGGGCCUAUUGGGGCGAGGGCGGCGAAAUCAUCAAGACGCGGGAUCGUAUCAUCCACGGCGUCGCCAAGGCGUGCGGCCACACGCCGACAGAGGAGCAGCUCGGUGCGGCCAAGUACGCGACUCUCGGCUACCUCGUGCGCCUCAUGUUCGACUUCCACCGCGGGCAGAAUGUCGGCGCGGUCGUGCUCAAGGGCAAGUUCGACACGGAGGGCCGCCCACUUUUGCUGGUGCGGACACAGUGCAUGGCGGACGCGGCGGAGCACGGCUCCUUCUACCGCACUGCCCUCGAACUCGGCGUCGUGAAGCAUGUGUGCAACCUGUACGCGGGCCACUUCCCGUUGGAGGACUGGCUUGAGGCGGAGGCCAAGGUCUGUGCGGACAUGCGCGACGCGUCGUCCAGCGCGCUGCCGUCCUACUUUGACGAGCGAGCACGCAAGAUGACACGCAAGUGGCGCCGGAUGGUCGAUGACGCCGACGAAUGGACCGAGGCGAACAAGCGCAACGCGAUGAUGCUCUGCGCAUCGCAGAUCAAGGACCUGCUCAACCCCAACGGCGAGCCGCCGAAAGGGGGCAUCCUCAUCCACUGUGCGGGUGGCAUGCACCGCACUGGCAUGAUCUACGGCAUCAUCCGUCGGUACGUCAACGAUGACCCGAUCGACGAGAUCGUGGCCGACUAUAAGCGGCAUGUCGACUGGAAGGCGGAGGGCGCGGUCGGCGGCUACGAGGAGCUUAACGUGCGCUUCAUCAAGGAGUUCGACCUGAGCCUCCUCGACGCGCAGGAGAUCGUCUUUGAGGAGGGCAUGACGCAGGAUGAGCCCAUCAGCGCGGCGGGCGGCACCCGCGAUGAGUGGCGCUACGCGUAGUUCUGAAACUUAAGGGGAAUCUUUUUCUAGCCCCCCCCCCCUCCCCCGCGAUAAUUGGUUUUGUUUUUGUUUUUUCAGUUACACACAA